ACAACAAACACGUACUUCCAGAUACUUCACGACAAACUACGGAUUAGUACGCCGGUCACGGAGAAACUCUCGUAUAGAAGGCCGAAGAAGUAGAGAGGUUCGGUCUCGCCGGGCACAGCAGCGAGUUGCGGACAGAAGGAUAUCAGAAAAUGUCUUAAAUUUACACUAUAUCCAAGGACAUCAGAAUUCAUACUUAACCGAAAACAACUUUGGUUUGCCGUUGUUUGGUUUAGUUGAAUCAUCGAGGAAACCCGAAGCGGUGGUUGGAGGCAUGGCUAGGUCGCGUCGGUCAAGACAUUCGGAAAGACAUAGAAAGUUACCGUUAUAUUCACCGAAGGCCUUGAUAGUCACAACGAAGUCCCUCGACACGCAGCCUCCCAACAUUGACGUAGGCCUACAUGUUGACCAACCCCAUGUCUCCCUAUCCGAACAACACGUCUCUUCAAAACUGUCCGGAGCUGUUGAUUACUGUCUGAACUAUCUCUUCUCGUGCGCCAAUGCUUUCCAGAAUAACCAGCACUCGGAACAGGGAACAUUUUCCGAUGAUACCAGCCAGGGAACGUACAGCUGUACCCGUGGGGUAAUGCUGGGCGUGGUCGCUGUCCUGAGUACCCAAGUAGUUCAGGGAAUGUCCGCCCCAUCCCUGCCCCUGGGACGGAUCAGACAUGGCCUACUUGCCUAGCACCAAACAUUUACGUCCAACUACUACCCAUGACGUCAUCUAAGGGUUACGUCCAAAGGCUUGAUGAACUGAACGUUGUUCUGAACAUAAAUCCUCAUUCAUACGAAGUGAAAAAACCCGAUGUAACAUAUCACAGCAUCAUCUGAACCGAUAAUGAGUUUAAUUUUAUUGAAAUGUAGCUGGAAUGGGGUUUUGAAGGCGUCGACAGGCGGCAGCAUUUGUGUCUGACCUUGACCUACUAUAGUUGACGUAAUACACUGUGCUCAUCUGUAUAUUGUGAUUAAAUGUGUGUAACCCUGUAACUGUUGUGACGGUAAGCUCGUCAAUAAAAAUA